AUGUCAACGGCUAAAUGCGUGUUUGUGACCGUUGGUUCGACGAAAUUCGAUGACCUUGCGCAUAGUGUCUUAUCGACAACUGUUCUGGAAGCACUUCAUGCUCGUCAAUUUCGAAAGAUGGUCCUCCAAUGUGGGAAUAGCGACGUGAAGGAAUAUGUUCGGGGUUCAACGAUAGGAGAUCAUCAAUGGCGCUGGAACGACGAAACAACGAACAUCGAGGUUUCAGUCUGGAGGUUCAACCCAGAGCUGAGCAAAUACUUUCGGGAAGCAGAUCUGGUAAUAAGCCAUGCAGGCUCGGGAACGAUCCUUGAAGUGCUAAGGCUUCCAAAACCGCUGAUAGUGGUGCCCAACGAGACAUUACUAGACAACCAUCAGGUAGAGCUUGCGGACGCUCUCAGCGAGCUCGGUCACUUGUUCUCAGCGACUCCUAGGACGCUCCCCAAAGCUAUAGCAGCUUACGAUGAAUCCGUGUUGAAAGAGUUUCCUCAGUUUGAUGGUAGCAAAUUCAGUGCUAUAAUGGACGAAGAAAUGGGUUUUGCCUAG